AGAAAAUGUGUACGUCCAGCUAAUUAAGUUGGCCAAUACCUAUAGCAUGUACUGAUAACUACCCAAUUUAGCGAAGCAGUUAUAAAUAAGAACUAACAUAAUCCCUUAUCAGCAACAUUGUUACUGAAUAGCAUUAUAGUCAAAUCCUCACUUCCUCGCUCAGAUUAAGUUCAUGAGUUCAACCAACCUCUCUCAUAUCGUCCCACUCGAUUUCAACUCCGUCCACACAUUACCCGACUCCCACUCUUGGGACUCCUCCCCGGACCACCACUCCUUCACAGAGUUCAUACCCGUCAUUGACCUACACGACCCGAACGCCGCCACGCUCAUACGGCUUGCCUCCGAGCAAUGGGGUGUGUUCCAAGUCACCAACCACGGCAUUCCAAUGAACAUAGUCCAAGAAGCCGAGCUACAAGCCCGAGGGUUGUUUGAGCUGCCAAGGGACCAAAAACUCCGGGCACUCCGAUCACCGGAGAGCUUCAGCGGUUACGGGCGGGCUCCCAUUUCAGCCAACUUCACAAAACUGAUGUGGUCGGAGGGUUUCACGAUGAUGGGGUCACCGUUUGAACAUGCUGCUCAACUCUGGCCAGAUGACUACUCGGUCCAAACCCACUUCUGUAAUGUAAUGGAAGAUUACCAAAAGAAGAUGAAGGGCUUUUGUGGAAAAUUGCUUCAGUUGAUGCUUGGAUCAUUGGGCUUAGAUCAUGAAGAUGUUAAAUGGCUGAAGCGGCCCAAAAAGAGUAGCAGAAGUAAUCCACAGGUCUUGCAAUUGAACUCGUACCCGGUUUGUCCCGACCCGACCCGAGCCAUAGGGUUAGCUCCUCAUACAGACUCCUCAAUUUUCACUGUGCUAAACCAAUGCAGCAUAAGUGGCCUGCAAGUACUUGAGGAGGGCAUUGGCUGGGUUUUGGUUCACCCGAUCCCCGGUGCACUUGUAGUCAAUGUAGGUGAUUUGAUGCACAUUCUAUCGAACGGACGGUUCAAGACUACAAUGCAUCGUGCGGUUGUCAAUGAGGAACAUCACCGCAUCUCCAUUGCUUACUUCUAUGGACCACCGUACGACGUGAAGAUAUCACCGCCGAUGAAGUUGAUCGACCAAGAUCAUCCUCUCCUAUACCGGCCGGUAACUUGGAAGGAAUAUCUUGGUAUCAAGGGUACACAUUUCAAUUGGGCGCUUGAAAAAAUCAGAAAUGACUUAAACCAAGCACCAUGUAUAUAUGACUAG